GUCCACGGUCCACCAUACGCUACCAUAAAAGUCACUCGUCUUCCCCAUUCUUUACGUUGCUACCACAAUUGCCUGUUUUUUUCUUCUCAUCUUCUCCACGGGCCAAACAAUAGACGGACCAAAAAAAAAAUGGGCGUGGAGAAUGAAUCCAACGGCGGCGCACCGUCCGGUGUUCGGCGGAGGGCCUGCUCGUGCUCAAAAGAGGAUUUUCUCCCGGAGGAGUCGUUCAGGAGCUGGGGCAACUACGUCAACGCUCUGAGGCAGACACCGGCUCGGCUGGCGGACCGGGUCCUGACCCGGUCUACCGCGGACGCGGAGCUCGAGGUGAAAGCGCGCAGCGAGCACGAGAUGAAGAGGACGCUGACGUGGUGGGACCUGAUUUGGUUUGGCAUGGGCGCCGUCAUCGGUGCCGGAAUAUUCGUCCUCACCGGAAAGGAGGCGAAGGAGGGCGCCGGCCCCGCCGUCGUGCUGUCGUACGUGGUCUCGGGGCUAUCAGCGUUGCUGUCGGUGUUCUGCUACACAGAGUUCGCCGUGGAAAUCCCUGUUGCAGGCGGCUCCUUCGCUUACCUCCGAGUCGAGCUCGGCGACUUCAUCGCCUUCAUCGCGGCCGGCAACAUCCUCCUCGAGACGGGGACGCCGGUCAACGCGACCGUCGCGAUGCUCUCGGCGACUGCAGUCGUCGCAUUUUUUACAGAUCUCGACAUUCUAGCCGACCUCCUCUCGAUCUCGACGCUAUUCAUAUUCAUGCUCGUGGCCGUGGCGUUGCUCGUCCGGAGGUACUACGUGAGCGGCGAGACGAAGAGCGAGGACCGGAACAAGCUAAUUGCUUUUGUCGUGCUCAUAAUCGGGUCGUCGGUGGGGACCGCGGCGUAUUGGGGGGCGAGCGAGAAGGCGGUGAACGUGUUUUUGCUCGGGUCGAUAGACGGGGUGUCGUUUGUGAGGUUCGCGGUGUGGACGGUCGUGUUGCUCGUCUACUACGUGUUGGUAGGGUUGCACGCGUCUUAUGAUACAGCUAAGGAGUUCGAGUCGAAGGCGGCUGAGGUGUAUGGGAGGGCUGAUGAGGGGAAAGGGCCGGCGGCAGUGGCUGAGGGGAAAGGACCAUCUGCUCCACCAGCUGCCAUGGGUAUGGAGAACUACGAGUCUAAUUUGAAGAGGAGGGGCUGCUCGUGCACAAAAGACGAUUUUCUCCCUGAGGAGUCAUUCAAAAGCUGGGGCAAUUACGUAAAUGCGCUGAGGCAGACCCCGGCUCGGUUGGCUGACCGGGUCCUGUCCCGGUCGACAGUGGAGGCUGAGCUGGAGAUGAAAGACCGCAGCCAGAACCAGAUGAAGAAGACCCUGACUUGGUGGGACCUCAUAUGGUUCGGCAUGGGCUCGGUUAUUGGCGCCGGGAUAUUUGUGCUGACGGGCCUCGAGGCCCGUCAGGAUGCGGGCCCUGCUGUGGUGCUGUCGUAUGCCAUCUCGGGCCUCUCGGCAUUGCUCUCCGUCUUUUGCUACACCGAGUUUGCCGUCGAAAUCCCUUACAUGGUUGGCAACGCUGCCGUCGCCCGCUCGUGGACGUCCUACCUCGCCGCCCUCUUCAACCAAAAACCCGAGACCUUCCGCAUCCACGCCGCCGCCCUCCCCCACGACCUCGACCAGCUCGACCCAAUCGCCGUCGCUGUGAUCGCCGUCAUAUGCUUCCUCGCCGUCCGUAGCACCAAAGGCUCGUCCCGCCUCAACUACGUCGCCUCCGUCGUCCACGUCAUCGUCAUCGCCUUCAUCAUAAUCGCCGGCCUCACCAAAGCCAACCCCGCCAACUUCUCCCCCUUCGCCCCCUUCGGCGUGCGCGGCAUCUUCAAGGCCUCGUCGGUUUUGUUCUUCGCGUACAUCGGUUUCGACGCCGUCUCGACUCUGGCCGAGGAGACGAAGAACCCGGCACGCGACAUCCCGAUCGGGCUCGUCGGUUCCAUGGUGAUGACGACGGUUAUAUACUGCGUGCUGGCGGCGACGCUCUGCCUGAUGCAGCCGUACGGCGCAAUCGACCCUGACGCGCCCUUCUCGGUUGCGUUCAAGUCCGUCGGUUGGAGUUGGGCCCAAUACCUCGUCGCCCUCGGGGCCCUCAAGGGGAUGACGUCGGUCCUCCUCGUCGGGUCCGUGGGCCAGGCCCGGUACCUCACGCACAUCGCCCGGGCCCACGCGAUGCCCCCUUGGUUCGCGCGGGUCCACCCGAAGACGGGGACGCCCAUGAACGCGACUAUCGUGCUACUAAGCUUCACGGCGGCGAUCGCGUUCUUCACGAGCCUCAACAUUCUGACGAACCUUUUAUCGAUCUCGACGCUCUUCGUGUUCACGCUCGUGGCCGUGGCACUCAUCGUUCGGAGGUACUAUGUGGCGGGGGAGACUUCGGUGGGGGACCGGAAUAAGCUUGCGGCGUGCCUCGCCGUGAUUUUGGGGUCGUCGGUGGCGACGGCGAUCUACUGGGCGACGGCGGGGAGCGGAAAAUGGGUCGGGUACUGCGUGACGGUGCCGGCGUGGGGUUUGGCGACGGCGGGGUUGUGGGCGUGGGUCCCGCAGGCGAGGAGGCCCGAGAAGUGGGGGGUGCCGAUGGUGCCGUGGCUACCGUCGGCUUCGAUAGCAGUGAACGUGUUUUUGCUCGGGUCGAUUGACGGAGAGUCGUUUGUGAGGUUCGGGGUGUGGACGGUGUUGUUGUUGGUGUACUAUUUGUUGUUCGGGUUGCACGCGUCGUACGGUGCGGCUAAGUCGGGCGAGUCUGGAUCGGAGUUGAGGAGGGUUGAGGAAGGGACGGCGGGGGUGGUGGUGAGUGGUGGAGGGGCCAACGCCGUACCAUCGGCGCCUCCUCUA